AUGGGCAAUAUCGCUCCAUCGGUAUUGUCAUCAUUCAAAGUUAAACUGACUCGUGAAACGCCCUAUGAUUUUUAUUUGAGUGGUGAUCGAGUACAUGGUAUAAUUGACAUUGUUACUAAUGAUAAAACCAAUGAUUUAAACUUCAGAUACGGCCCAUUGUAUGUUGAAUUAAUUGGAGAAUUGAAAGAUGUUAAAACAAAUAUUUAUCAGCAGAGAAAUUUAAAUAAUGUGCAGAUUUUUUUUCGCAAACGUGCACAAGUGAUUAAAAUUCCAGCUGACAAUUCACCAACAGAAGUCAGUCAAUGUCCAACCUACCGUUGGGUAUUUGAUGGUCUCCUAGAUUCUUCACUUCCUUCAUCGUUACCACAUUGUGAUGGAGAUGAUUCAUACAUCUGUUAUUAUGCUCGUGUUUAUUUAUAUCGUUCGAAUUUAUCUCGAAAAGUUCCAUUUACUGUUUUCACACCCACUCCAAUGUUACUUGCUUGCCAACAACUGCUACAAAACUAUAGUAUCGAGGGCAAUGUUCAAUACGAAGGUGUUAAACUACAUGGCGUACUUUCAAACAACGGUUUGAUUGUACCUGGUCAUUGUCAUAUGCUAGAGAUUGAAAUAAGCAAUCCAAUGAAAACGACUAUCAAAUCAAUUCGUGCAAUACUCAAACAGUAUCGAACUGUUACAGAUGAAGAAAGUGACUUCACGAUAUUCUCUACUAUACUAACAGGAUUUCGGUCCAAAGGAUUCAAUAACGAGUAUCAUCACAAUAUCUAUGAAUUAUCGAUUCCACUUGAGAAAUGUCAAGUCAUGGCGCCUACAUCAUCUUACAAGAAUGUUCGAUAUGAACUACAUGUUCAAUGCCAUAUACAUGGCUUAUUUAACAGUCAUUUCACUUUAACAUUACCCACUAUCUGUACGACUGAUCACCAGCGAACGUUGAAAAUCAUGGACGAAUUAAAAUCUUUACCGGAGAUUCUUGAACAUUUAUCCAUUGAUGAAGAAGAAAAUUCACCACCUAGUUAUGAGGAUUUCAUUAUUAGUGAAGUCUUACCGAAAUAUGACGAUGUUAAUUAA